AUGAAGUCACUUUGCACUUUUGCCGUGACUGCGGUUGCAGCGGCAGCGGCGCACGGCCACUUUGUCGCUGCCGUCGGACACCGUACCAUUGUGCUCCAGGCUGCCAGUUCCGGAAAUAAUGCCUCUGAGCUUACUGAUCUGAUUUUGCAGUCUUGCUAUAGAAAAACCGUUCCUGAUAGAUAUGAUAUGCGUGAAGCUCGGAUUCAUGUGCUGUCCCCGUACUCUUCAGCGGGUGGCAACGAAGGAAAACAUUGCACAGAAGAAAUCAACGCUUGGAGAAAAAAAGUUUUCCCCUCAGCUGUGGAUUACGAGCCCUUGGAAGAGAUUCCGAAGAGCACCAAACACCUCAAAGAAUUUUUGGCUUCCACUGGAUGUGAUGCCCUCAAGCGCGGGAGCUUCAACCACAUCGUAGGUUGCCAAACCGAGGAAAGCGACACGGAAGGAACGGAUGACAUGGGAAGAGGCAACGAGCUGGAAGAAGAGGGCCAAGACGAAAGAGAACUCAUCCUUCUCAGUGACGAAAGCAAAGCUAAAUUAUUCGUGAUUUCGGCCGUGAAAAACGAAGCAACAAGAGAGGGAACUGAAAUCACAUGCAAAGAAGCUAUUGAGCAAUGGAAAACUGGAUUCACAGUUUUUAAGAACAAGUACCCUCCGGAGUACAAAGACAACACCGACAAAUACGCAAAUGGAAAUGCUGCAGCCCUUGUCAGCUUGCUUAGCAAGAACGAACAGAAGAUUUACUGUGGGCAUCCAAAAGGGUGUCCCGAUGAAAAUAGUGUGCUUGUCUGCUACUUCAAACCAUCCGGUAUUGAAGAAGGCUCUUAUCCUGUAACCCCCCAAAUAUGGCAUCAGGUUGAGGAAUACUUUAAGACGAAACCCACACUGAAAGCUCACGGACCCGAACAUACACAGUGCUUGGAGGCGGUCAACAAGCUGCGUGGGGCCGAGGGACUGAAUCUUGACGGUUUUACGGCCCUAGGACAGAGCAAUUCUCAGCGAAGAUUCAAACGAGGUGGCACUUCAGUCUCCGUCAAGGAGUAUGAAAAGGUCUUGUACAAAUUGACCUGCGACGAUAUUAACAAUUCAACAAUCGAUCCAGCGGCUGCGGACGGGUACACGGUAAUCUUCUAUUCCAAAGAGGGGGAAGACGCCCCCACAGCCGAAGAAGCCGUUAAGUUUUGGGAGACGGGGUUGGAGAAGCUGAACUCGCAGUUCGGGAACGAGCUUCCACCAGCCUUUACUCCUAAGUCAGCCUCACCAGAAUCCGAAGACCUGGAAACCAUCACUGACUCAGGUGACGACCAGGAAACUCCUGGAAUUUAUUAUGACAGCGCAGUAGCUGGAUACGUGUCCCUGAUGGCGGAUGGGUCGCGCAAAAUGGGCUGCUACAAUGCUACUGGUUGCACUAACAGCGCACUUAUAUGUAUAAUUGAAGAUAAGACUUUGGUUGAGAACGAGAAUCCCAUCAGUGAAGAGACAUGGGAAAAAAUCUUGAAGAUCCAAGGGAUCAGACCCACUUUGCAGCGUCGUGAUGCUGACUGCCUUGACGAGAUCAACAACUUUCGUACCCAAGAAAGUCUGGGCCUAGCGCCAUUCGUUGCUGUUGCACAGCAGAAGGAAGAGAAGACCAAAGAAUCAACCGUCAGCGACUUCCUCAAAACGCUUACAUGCCAGGCAAUCAUUGAUGGAAAUGCUACCGUCACAGACGGGGAAAAUAACAAAAGCAUCCUAUACCAUCACGGCACUGAAGGUACUUGCUCUGAGGCUGUGACAGCGUGGGAACGCGGUUACGAGGUGUUCAGGGACCUCGAACUCCCCCCAGUGUACACUUCUUCUGAAAAGAUCUACAAGGAUGGCGCAGCAACAAAUUUCAUAUCGCUGAUCAGCGAAGGAACAAACACAACAGUCGCGUGUUACGACGCCACCGGCUGCGCAGAGAGUGCUGUGGUGUGCGAGCUGAGUCCGAGCGUUUUCACCGAAGGGACCGCGCCAAUCACAAAAGACACUUGGGCCAAGCUUACUCCGACAGUGCCGCCAAGUGGAGCAGCAGCAAUUUCGUCCGCCUCGGCCCUACUGGGCGGCGUACUUGCAGUGAUUGCUGCCCUUGCAAUCCAGUUUUGA